AUGGACUGGAGGCGCCAGGCGUGUAUGUGCCACGGUGGUCCCAGGGACCACGGCGAUCGCGUGCUGGUGCGGGACGACGAGGAUUUCGAUAUCGAGCGUACCAUUUUUCAUACGGUGCAGGACGCUGCGAUGAGGAGAGGAAUCAGGCGGAGAUUUGGCGUCACACUGCAUUGGGACGACCGCAUCGUAGAGGAGCUUUCGCAGCUCUGCGGCACCCUUCCCGCGACGGUUCCAGUCGACGAUGGCAUACGCGCGUUCAUGGCCGACGAGUGCGACUUCAAGCUGGAGCACGCUGACGGCUCUUUCAUGGACCACCUAGUCUUUUGCCACGACUACUGCGCCCUCCAUUACAAGGCCGGGUCUCCCAGAGUCCUCCUGCUCCAUAGCGCCCUUGGGGCGACGACGAAUCUCCUGCCCGUGCACAAGUCGAAGGUGCCUCGGCUUGCCGAGCUGCUGAGUCCGCUUGAGAUGCAGCACGUGGAGGCCUUUCCCGCCAUGCAGCGGCUGCUGAACAACUUCUUUCUUUUGGAUGCCCUCGAGAGAAACGUGAGCAGGCUCCGCUAUCUCGAGGGCAUCACCUUCCGCCGUGUCGUGGACAACGUGGCGAUGCGGCUCGACGCGGAGCAGCUCUGGACCCAUCUGAACUACCAGCUCAUUCACGCGCUAGACUUCCUGCCUGCGCGGGACUGGGCCGGACAGGCGUCGGCACCGUCCUUCCAGGGCGAGCGCAUCUCGCUCGACACGGUCGCGCGGUGGGCGGCGGCGGAUCCGCAGCGGGCGGCGCGGCGGGAGCACCUCCGCGAGUACACCCAGAG